UUUGACAGAUAUUUUCUUGUUUGAGAUUUCAAUAAGUCAAUUUGUUUGACUAGUUUAUCCAAUCGUAAAUUUGAUGAAAACAACCCGAAUUGCUUCUCCAAACACCAAUUCACUAUCCCCAAAUUCCAUCUCUCUCACUGAUUUCCCGGCGAAAUCUUCCGUGAUGACACCGCCGCUGCUAACAUGCGCGCUGCUGCUGGCGCAUGCGCUGUUUCCUCUCACCGCCGCCACCUCCAACGCUGCGUAUCCUCCGCCCUACGGGAUCGAUCAGCCCUGCACUUCCGCCGCCGAGGUGUACGGAGGCGGCCGCAUCAUCGACAUAAGCCACCGGUACCACCCGGACUUGCCGGCGUGGGAGUCCCCCGACGGAAUCGGCCGCUUCCUGUGGCUGACUAGGAGCAUGAAGAACGGAUCGGUCGCGAAUUUCUCCGAGAUGAAGCUCUCCGCCCACACCGGCACCCACGUCGAUGCGCCUGGCCACGUCUUCGAUCACUACUUCGACGCCGGCUUCGAUGCCGCCUCGCUCGACCUCGAUGUUCUCAACGGGGAUGCCUUGGUUGUAGAUGUUCCAAGAGACACAAAUAUCACUGCUGAAGUUAUGAAGUCCUUAAAUAUUCCAAAGGGAGUAAGAAGAGUACUCUUCAGAACACUAAAUACGGACAGAGGCCUUAUGUACAAGAAGGCAUUUGACACAAGUUACGUUGGGUUCAUGAACGAUGGGGCACAGUGGCUUGUCGAUAAUACUGACAUCAAACUUGUCGGAGUGGAUUACCUGUCCGUGGCUACAUUCGACGAUCUACUUUCUUGUCAUCUUAUUUUUCUCGAAGGAAGGGAAAUCAUCCCUGUAGAAGGGCUGAAACUUGAUGGUGUAGAACCCGGAAUAUAUUCGGUGCACUGCUUGCCUUUGCGAUUGGUUGGUGCGGAGGGAUCGCCCGUUAGAUGUAUUCUCAUCAAACCAUGACCACCUUCGUUCUUGCUAGUAUUUAUCCUCUUCACAUCACCUCGAUAUUGUGUUCUGUAAAUUUCAACUAUAUUAUAUAUGCGUUUUAUGUGCUAAUUAUAAUUUGAACAUAGGCAAAAAAUGUAAACAUAAUUCAAAAUGCAUGAUUAGUGUAAUGCUUAUGUAUGGUUUGUGGAUAUUUAGUGUAUUGUAAGAGUAGAACACGGAUUGAGGAGGCUGGAUCGUAGUAUAUAGUAGGAGUAUUUGUAUUUUUGUA